CCAGUGCGCAGGACCGGAAGUGCGCGUGAGUGUGUUUCCGGUCCGGGCUGCGGGAUGGAGCUCAGUGAGAUCCUGUACAACAAAGCGGAGUAUAUAGAGACGGCGUCUGGGAACAAAGUGAGCCGACAGUCCGUGCUGUGUGGCAGCCAGAACAUCGUCCUCAAUGGGAAAACGAUUGUUAUGAACGACUGCAUCAUCCGCGGGGAUUUGGCCAACGUGCGGGUCGGACGCCAUUGUGUCAUCAAGAGCCGGAGCGUCAUCCGCCCUCCCUUCAAAAAGUUCAGCAAAGGAGUCGCCUUCUUCCCACUGCACAUCGGGGACCACGUGUUCAUCGAGGAAGAUUGUGUGGUCAACGCCGCCCAAAUCGGCUCCUACGUUCACAUCGGCAAGAACUGCGUGAUCGGUCGAAGAUGUGUUUUGAAGGAUUGCUGUAAAAUCCUGGCAAACACUGUGCUGCCCCCGGAGACCGUGGUGCCACCUUUCACCAUCUUCUCUGGCUGCCCAGGGCUGUUUGCUGGCGAGCUCCCGGAGUGCACACAGGAGCUGAUGAUUGACGUCACUAAGAGUUACUACCAGAAGUUCCUGCCACUCUCCCAGAUCUGAUGGCUGGGGGCGAGGUCAGCAGAAUCAAAUUGCCCCUGAACCUGGAGGUGAGGCAGGGCCCGUGCCAAGCGUGGAGGGGGGUGGUGGGUGGGCGAGGCUGGAGCGGACAUUGUCGACCCCCGCCCCCCCCACACCGAGCCACGAUGGCGCCUCUCCCCAGCCUUUACAGCACGAACAGCUCCUGACAGCAGAGAGAACGUCAUCCACGUCUCAAGGCCCUCGCUCACUCUCGCUCCCCACUAUCUCUAUCACUCUUUCUCCCCACCCCUCAUUCUCAGUGCCCUCUCUAGUGUGAGUCUCUCUCUCGCUCACAUGUGCAGUGUGUGUGUCUGUCUCUCUCUCUCUCUCUCUAUGGGUCCUGGUGCGUUGCCUGUUGAACAUUCCAUAUUAAUCAUUUCCUUGUCACUCCUGUGCUGUUCUGUACCAACCACAAUGUUCUGACUUUAUAAACUGCCAUCAUGGCUCCCGUUGGCUUCUGUAGCACUUACAGGGACACUUAUUUAUUAGUAUAAAACAUUGGUCUCUGCCUCCACUUCCCAGGGGCUCAGCUGUCUCAGGAGAUCUGUGUCAGGUGGGUGGGGGGGCAGAGACACUGAUCAUGUAAUGUAACAUCAGCCAUGUGACAGAAUGAAUUUUAUGUGGUGAACACAAUAAAUAUUCAGCACUUUC